AGACCACCACACACAAUCGGCCGACCACCAUAAGAAAAAUAAGAAAACUUAUGAAAACCGUGACGAAAAUGUUAUUAAGCGUAUUGUAAAAUGCAUAAUGUGCUAAUAAAUCUCAGAUGUGAAACUUUAAAACGUGAAUUUAAUAUCAAAUCUGUGCAAAAUUUUAAAGUGCAAUAGUUAUUACGAUUGCAGUGCAAUUAGUUUGAGCUACAGGCCAAAAAUAUAAAUCAAAACAAGUAAAUAACCUUGUGUCUUGCAGUUCGAGCGCGCUUCGAAAUCAGUAACAAAAUAGAAAGUCAAAUAACCAACAGCCGCCAGUGAAUGCGUUAAAAAAUUUUGUGCUGCACACUGACAAAAAUAUACGCCACACACACAGACGCACACACACAAUCAAAUACGUAUAUACGCAGUUACGUAUUGGUGUGCAUAUGAAAGACGUGCGGAGAAGAAUUCGAAAAUAUACAGUGUACUUCCAUUUGAAUAGUGUUUUUAUUUAAAAAUUAAAAAAAUAAAUAAAAUAAAAAAUACAAAAGCAAUAACGAAGAGUCUCAACUGUAGGAAUACAAUUAACAGGAAAAGCAACAACAAAUACCAUAUUAUCAGUGAUUUGCAACAAUAAAAAAGAGGAAAAUUAGAAGUAGUUAACAACGAACAUCAGAUUUACAUAUUUGAAUGCUGCUUCGGCUUAAAGAUUUCGUAGAAAAUGGUCUCGAUAAUUGAUACAAUUGAUGCGGCAGCGGAGGCUCAAAAACAACGGAGCGCCGCUGCCGCUGCCGCUGCGACGUUGACUGUCAACGCUGGAGCCAAGUUACCGACCGCUGCUGCAGCUGGCGGUGGGGCUGCUGCUGCUGCUUCAGCAGCAGGUGUUGCCUUGACCGCAAGCGGCAAGCCUAAGGAGAAACGAAGGAAUAAUGAAAAGCGCAAGGAAAAGUCACGGGAUGCGGCACGCUGCCGUCGCUCCAAGGAGACGGAAAUAUUUAUGGAUCUAUCCAUGGCAUUGCCGCUGAAGUCCGAAGACGUCAAUCAGCUGGACAAGGCAUCUGUAAUGCGAAUUACAAUUGCCCAACUCAAGAUACGUCAGAUGCUAAAGUUUUUGCCCGAAGGCAAUGCGGUGAAGCCCAAAGUGGAGUUUUUUGAAGAGGAUUGGCUAAAGUGUGCCGAGGCCAGUGAACUCUUGAAGCAAACCAUGGAUGGCUUUCUGCUGGUGCUAUCCAAUGAGGGCGACGUCAUCUAUGUCUCGGAAAACAUAAUAGACUAUCUGGGCAUAACUAAGAUUGAUACGCUGGGUCAACAGAUUUGGGAGUAUACGCAUCAGUGCGAUCACGCUGAGAUUAAAGAGGCUCUUAAUCUCAAACGCAAAGGCAUUGUUGGUAAGAUCAAGGAUGAGCAGCUAGUGGAAUCGGGCAUUAGCACACAUCAUCGUGAUCUGUUCGUGCGCAUGAAGUGCACUCUGACCAGUCGUGGGCGCAGCAUCAACAUCAAAAGCGCCUCCUACAAGGUUAUUCACAUAACCGGACAUUUGCGCGUGAAUGGCAAAGGAGAGCUCGUGUUUAUUGCGAUUGGUCGGCCCAUACCGCAUCCUUCAAACAUUGAAAUACCGCUGGGCACCAGCACAUUUCUGACCAAGCACAGUCUGGACAUGAAGUUCACCUAUGUGGAUGACAAAAUGCUCGCCUUGCUUGGCUAUCGGCCUGACGAUCUGCUCGAGACUUCACUGUUCGAAUGCCAGCAUGGCGCCGACUCUGAGCGUCUGAUGGCCACCUUUAAGAGCGUUAUGAACAAGGGACAGGGCGAGACGUGUCGCUAUCGUUUGCUGGGCAAAUAUGGCGGCUACUGCUGGAUCGUGACUCAGGCAACGAUUGUUUACGAUAAGCUAAGGCCGCAGAGUGUUGUCUGCGUUAAUUAUGUCAUCAGUAAUCUUGAGAACAAACAUGAGAUUUAUUCACUUGCGCAACAAACGGCGGCAAGUGAGGAACAGGCAAAGCAACAACAACAAGAACUACCUGAAACUAACAACAAAACAACAAUUGCUAAACAACAAGUUGCCGAAACAACUAAAGCAACAACUGCAACAACAGCAACAGCCGCAACAACUUUAGAACUGGUGGACAAACCCAAAGUGAUUGAGACUGCAAACGAAACAACAACAAUAAUAACAAACACAACAGCAACAACAACAACAACACCAACUGCUGCUGCAACUAACCCACCAUCAGCAACUAUUAACAACAACAACAACAACAACACAACAACCUCAGCUUUAGUUAACAAAUCGAAACAACUCCAAACCGAGUUGCUUAUCAAACGUGAAAAUAACUCGCCCGGACCGCGCACCAUCACAGCACAGCUCUUCAGCAACAACAACAACAACAACAACAACAACAACAUCACUAGCAACAACAACAACAGCAACAAUUUGCUGCGCAUCGAAGAGAAACGUCCCAAAUCGGUGACUGCCUCACUCAUACGCAGCACACCAACAAUUGCUGCAGCAAAGAAAAGUUCAAUUGCUGCUCAAACGUUGCCGCCGACAACAACAGCAACAGCUGCCAUAUUAAGCUCAAGCAACUUGCAACAGCAACAGCAACAACUGCAGCAGCAACAGCAACAAACACAAGAUAUGAAUAAAGGAUUCUUAUCGUUCGCUGAUGAAGGCCGAGGUUUAACAAUGCUGAAAGAGGAACCGGAUGACUUGUCGCAACAGUUUGUCAACAAUGCGUUGGAUGAGCCCUUUGGCGAGAUUCUGGUGGGCUUGAUGAACUCCUGUUUGCUGCCCGAUGACAUCAGUUCGCUGGACUCGACCACCUGCUCGACCACGGGCAGUGCGACGCACUAUCACAACAACAGCAACAGCAAUAGCAGCAACAGCAGCAGCAAUAACAACAACCACAAUCACAAUCACAGCAGCAGCAACAACAGCGGCAGCGGCAGCGGCAGCAGCAGCCACAGCAGCAGCAAUAACAACAGUUACAACAGCAAUCGUCAGAGCUUAAACACAGCAGCAAUCGCCGCAGGCACAACCAGCAGCAGAACUAACAGCCACAACAGCAACAGCAACAGCAGCAGCAGUAGUAGCUGCAACGGCAGCAACAGCCAGCAGCAGGAUAAUAGCAACAGCAACAGCAACAGCAGCCACAUUGAUCCGUUGUUCAACUAUCGCGAUGAAUCGAACGACACCAGCUGCUCGCAGCAUCUGCACUCGCCUAAGACGCCCGAGGACAGCAGCCUGCCGUCGCUGUGCAGCCCGAACUCGUUGGCCCAGGAGGACGACUUCACGUUUGUUGACUUUGGCAUGCGCGCGCCUUACAUACCCAUGGGCGAUGACAUGCCGUUGCUGACCGAGAGCAGCGAUCUCAUGUGGUGUCCGGCGGAUGAUUUGCCGCCCAUGGUGCCCAAGGAUUUGGAUAGCGUGCAGCAACAUUUGCAACAAUUGCACCAGCAGCAGCAACAACAGCAGCAGCAGCAGCAAUAUAACAGCUAUCAGCAACCGCUGCAACAGCAAUCGCAGCAGCAGCAACAUUUUUCCAGUUCGCUGUGCUCCUCGCCUGCCUCCACAGUGUCGUCGCUGUCGCCAUCGCCCGUGCAGCAGCAACAACACCAACAGCAGCAGCAACAGCAGCAGCAGCAGCAGCAGCAACAGCAGCAACACUCAAAUGUCUACAGCACUGGCUCCAGCGAGUUGGCAGCUUUGCUCUGCGGCACCGGCAAUGGCACGCUCUCAAUUUUGGGCAAUGCCUCUGGCGAGGAUCGCCUGCAGCAGAAUGAGCAGGACUUGCGCAGCUUCCAGCAAAUGCAGCCGGCGCUGCAGCUGGAGGAGGAGGAGCAACUGGAGCGCGAGCAGCCAACAUUUUUCCAGCAGCAAAUGUUGCUGAGCAUUGGCAGGCAGUGCAAAAAGGAGAAGUUCGACGUCUCAGUGUCCGCCAGCUUAUAUUCCCCCAGUGAGGAUGCAUUUCACAAUGAUUACAGCAAAGAUUCCAACAAUUUGGAUUACUGGAGCGAUUUGUUGCAAAUGAAUGUGGCUAUGGCCAACAGCAGUCCCGCGGUUUCUCCAGCGCCCAGCAAGGUGACAACGUUGCCGCUGCUACAGCAGCAGCAGCAACAGUUGCCACAACAACAACAACAACAACAGCAGCAGCAGCAGCAGCAGAAUAUCAUAUUGAAUGCAGUGCCAUUGAUAACAAUACAAAGCAAUGCGACAAUGUUGCAGCAGCAGCUGCAGCAACAGCAACAGCAACAGCAGCAGCAAUCGGAGGAGGAGCUGCAGGAGCUGUUGCUGCCAGGCAAGCUGCCUGCCAAGAGGCUAUUGAAUGGCACCAAGGCAACCAUACGCCUGGUGGAAAGCAAACAAGCAACAAAGGCAACGCUGCUGCAAACGCUGUCGCCACAGCAACAGCAGCAGCAGCAGCAGCAACAACAGCAGCAACAUGGCAAUAAGCGUCAUUUGAACAGCCAAUCAGCAGCAGGCAAUGUUGUGGAGUCGAAGCGCCUGAAGAGCGGCACGCUGACUCUGGAGGUGCAAUCGCCACAGCUGCUGCAGCAGCUAAUGGGCAAGGAGCAGCAGCAGCAGCAGCAGCAGCAGCAGCAGGCUAACAAGCGACACGCAAGCGAACGCUGGUCUACAGCAGCUGAUGCCAAGCAACAGAAGCAGCAACAGCAACAACAACAACAACAACAGCAUCAACAGCAACAACAACAGUCGAAUUCUGUGCUAAAGAAUCUGUUGGUUAGCGGAUGUGAUGCAAAUAUCAAUGAAGACGCCGCAGUGCCCAUGAUCAUCGACGACAACUCUCUUGACCAGGUGGUGCCGCCCGCUCUCGUGUUGGACAACGCCUUCAAGUACGCCAUGCCGCUACACUGCCACACGGCAACUGCCUCGGUGCUGCGCAACUAUCGCCACAAUCCGCUGAUUAGUGGCAGCAAUUUACAGCUAUCGCCAGUCUUGAUGGCAGCAUCGCCGCUGGCCAGCACUGUGGGCGAUGGCGAUGCCAGCUCCGUGGCCUCUUUAGAGGACUCCAUGCCGCCGGCCUUGACCGCCUGCGACACGGAUGCCUGCAGUGACAGCGGCAUCGAUGACAACAGCCUGGUCAACAGCGAGUCAGGCUCGCCGCAAAAGCAGCUGCGCCAUGAGCAUAUGGACGUGGCCUCUGUGCCAGCGGCACCGCCGCCACAGCAGCAGGAGGAGAGCAGCCAGCAGCUGGAGCAAGUGGGCAGCAAUGCGACCAGUCGCAAGUCAUCCAUAUCCUUCAUAGACAGCAGCAAUCCGCUGCUGCGCACACCCUACCUGAUGGACCUGUGCAACGAUGACUACAACAUGACCGAGGGCGGCUUUGAGCUUGACGGUUUUGACGACCUGGAGAUACCCUAAGCGCAUGUAGCAUUAGGUGAGGUAGGCAGGCAGACAGGGGAGGCAUUGCAUUUGUUUUUUACGUAGGCUUUUCUUUUUUUUCUUUUUGGGUUUCGUUUAGUUUGGCAUUUAAAGUGUUUUCCGAAGAGAAGUGAAAUCAAAAUAUAAACAAAAGAUUGAUUUUUGAGCCUUACGUAAAAUUAGAAAUUAAAAAGCCAACGACCACGCCCACACACACACACAUACAAAUAUAUACACUGACAAAUAAAAAUAGAAAAAAAAAACAGGAAUGGUUCAACAUAUUUUGAAUAGUUUUGUAGCAACUUUAACUGCCAAGAACAGAUGAAUAUAUAAUACAUGUAUGUAAUUUAGUCCAAAUGUUUCUACAUGUAACAAAGAAGUUGAGAAAAACCCAAAAGAAAAAUCAGAAAAAAAAACAAUAAUUAAAAUUUUAUUACAAUAAGUUAAUACAAAAAGAAAAAGAUAAAAAAAAGUGAACUUCAUAGAUUUUGCUCAAGAAAAAACAAAGAAAUUUUUGGUGAAGGUUGCAAUGCGAAGACCAUGCAAAAGCUGUGAAAUAAACGAAAAAAAAAAAAAACAAAAAAAAAUAUAAAAAACCAGAAAAACUUUUUUG